GCGUCCCGACGCUUGUUAACUCGAUUCGGGCGAAUAUGAGCGGAGACUCGGCGCUGUUUGCAUUGAUAGUUAUUAGAAAUUGAUCCCUGUUCUGCCUUUGUUCAGUUCAAUCAUUGAUCAGCGGUGGAGCGACCGGCGGAGCAGCACAGCCUCAGUGUUAGCCACACCGAUCUGGGAUCAGCACCGCGGACAGCACUGCUGUUUUACACGCGUUAUCCUUUCUCCUGGUUGUAUGUUUUUGUACUCUUUAUCCUCCCAGACCAGCUCGGCCGUACUUAGGCGUAGGGAAACUUUUAAUGCGCCUGUGAAUCGCUGUUUCUGGACAUAGCUGCAACUUUUCUCAGGCAGCUUCGUGUUUUAUGCGGCUGGUGUCGACGGCCGCACCGUUGCCGCUCGCUUCUCCCAGCGAGCUACGGGGAAUUAAGUUCUAAUUACUACGUUUUUGGACCGCGGAGAAAGUUUUAUUUCUCAUGUGGAAAGUUGAUUAUCUUUUUUUUAGCUGCUAGUCGUAACGCUCGGACGUUUUUAUCUACCUAGAAUAAUUGAGUUAAAACAACGUUACAGUCGUCUUAAAUCGCGUCUUCUCGGCGUUUAAAGGCACGAGCGGCGGACUGCGUGGUAGCUGGCAGCAGAAUGUCUCUGAAUAAUGGCGUGGAGACUGUGGCAGAGGGAGCUGAACUCUGUUGCGUCUGAGCUGGCCAGUCGGCAGGAGGAGAGCGAACAUUCCCACAAGCACCUGGUGGAGCUGAGCAGGGAGUUCAAGAGAAAUGUCCCUGAGGAGGUCCGGGAGAUGGUGGCACCUGUUCUCAAGAGUUUCCAGGCGCAGGUGGUCGCUCUGAACAAGCGCAGUAAGGAGGCAGAGUCUGCAUUCCUGGGAAUCUACAAACAGCUUAUCGAGGCCCCAGAUCCGGCUCCUUUGCUGGAGGCCUCCCAGUCCCUGGAGGAAAGGCUGCAGCAGCUUCAGAGUUUGGCCCCAGACAGCGAGGCCCUGGUGCGCGAGAUCAGGCACUGGAGGAAACACCUGGAGUGCCUUGAAAAGACAGAGCCCACAGAGGACGGCUCAGCGGCUCCGGCUGCACCAGAGGAGGCCUCAGAAUCCGGCUCUCCGGCCUCACUGAUGACCCCGAACAGCACGCCGGCCCCCGAGGCCCCGGGGUCCCCGCAGCAGAACCACCAGGACCAAACGGACGACCGACGGGAGGAGGAGGAGGAGGGCGCUGAUGUUAGUUUGGCUGACAGACUAUCAGAGGCCGAGGAGAAGAUCAAAGUUCUGCAUUCAUCAUUGAACGCUGCGCAGACAGAGCUGCUGGAGCUGCGCUGUAAAUACAACCAGGAGAUGGCAAACAAGAAAGCCGAAGUCGACGCCAUCGUGGCGAAUCUGGAGAAAGCGAACCAGAGAGCAGAAAUGGCUCAGAGGGAAGUGGAGCGGCUAAAGGAGCAGCUAGCCAGCGGGGCGGCCGCAGUGGCAGGGAGCUGCCAUCCAGCAGAGGGCGCCACCAGGGACAAGAAGGAGAAGAGCGAGCUGCUGUCUGCCCAGGUGGAGGCCGCCUUGCUGGCCAAAGAUCGUGAAAUUCUUCGGCUUCUUGAAAACAUGCAGCGGCUGCAGUUCACGCUGCAGGAAGUUCAAGAGACUUCGUCCAACCAGAUCCUGGAGCUGGAGCGCCAGCUGGCGUUCAAGACGGAGGCUGUCGAGAGAUUAGAGGCUAAACUGCAGUCACAGAUGGACUACGAGGAGAUUAAAACUGAGCUCAGCAUCCUAAAGGUUAUGAAGCUGGCUUCGGUAAACGGCGGCUCGUCCCAGGAUUCUGCCAAGGCUGCAGAGGUUCUUUUGUUAGAUAAAGAUGUCUUUCUUCCAUCUCACAAGUACAUGGGAGAUAAAACCCGACUAUUGCACAGUAAUGACGAUGACCGCUCGGAUGACGCAGGGAAGGAGGUGAGCAGGCCGCCCGGCUCCCAUUCCUCCUCCUCCCAGGCGGAGAGCCGUGCCUCCCCCAGCCCCGGCCCCCCCACCCUGAACGGGUCCUCCUCGGGCCUCGACCUCCCCCGUCCCUUCUCGGCGUCGCCGUGCUCCGGAGACAGGAUGUCAGGAGACCACAUCCUCCACAAGCAGCUCCUCUCCCCACACUUCAAGAAGGAAGGCAUCAUGGCUUUCCCCACCGCCCUCUAUGCAGCGAAGGUCGCGCUCAUGUCGGCCACGCAAGGGUCCGGGGGCGCCGGCGGUAUGGACGCCGGCCUGCCCAGCGACCAAUCGGAAAGCGGCAGCUCGACGGCCGGCGACGAGGACCAGCUGGACACGGCGGAGAUCGCCUUCCAGGUGAAAGAGCAGCUGUUGAAGCACAACAUCGGCCAGCGAGUGUUUGGCCACUAUGUGCUGGGCCUGUCCCAGGGGUCGGUCAGCGAAAUCCUGGCCAGACCCAAACCCUGGAGGAAGCUGACGGUGAAGGGCAAAGAACCUUUUAUCAAAAUGAAACAGUUCCUCUCUGAUGAGCAGAACAUCCUGGCUCUGAGGACCAUCCAGGUCCGGCAGAGAGGGAGCAUCACUCCACGCAUCCGAACUCCUGAAACUGGGUCAGAUGACGCCAUUAGGAAUAUCUUGGAGCAGGCCAAGAAGGAGAUCCAGUCACAGAGGGGAGGUGAUGGGAAGUCGUCUCUGAGCAGCUCAUCUGGCCGAAGCAGCAACGGAGCGGGCAGCAGCUCUGAUGAAACCAUAAAGAACAUCCUUGAGCAGGCCAGGAGGGAGAUGGAGGCCCAGCAGCAGGCGCUCAUGGAGAUGGAGGCCUGCGGAAGGUCGUCCGCCGCCAGCUCUGGUGUCCAGGUGGAGCGCCUGGGGCCCCCAGAGCGCUCCAGAGUCCUGCCGUUGCCCAUCUCCAUCAAACAGGAGGACGGGGGAUGCAUCGCCGUGUGCAUGGCCAACUCCAUCAGCAGCCCCCAGACGCCGCUCAGCGUCCUCUCCCCGGCCGCUUUCGUUCAGAACAUCAUCCGCAAAGUCAAGUCGGAGAUCGGCGAAGCCGGCACUUACUUCGAUCAGCACUGGUCUCAUGAGCGGGGGACCAUGAUACUGAGCGGCGGCGGCUCCUCCCGGCCCUUUAGUUCCGUCUCGCCCUCCUUGUCUUCCUCCUCCUCCGGCCCCCCCACGCUGUCCCGCACCUGGCCCCGCCUGGAGAACGGCGACGGCCUCGCCAACAGCGAGGAGGUUUCCAACGCCGACGACGAGCUGGGCCUGGGCCGGCCCGUGGAGGUGAAGGUGGAGUCAGACACCUCGGUGAGCGGCGAGUCCCCCGGACCCAGUCCGGGCCGUCUGUCCUACUACCCGUCAUACAUCCCGCGUACCCUGAAGCCCACCGUGCCCCCCCUGACGCCGGAGCAGUACGAGAUGUACAUGUACCGAGAGGUGGACACCCUGGAGCUGACCAGGCAGGUGAAGGAGAAGCUGGCGAAGAACGGCAUCUGUCAGAGGAUCUUUGGAGAAAAGGUUCUGGGUCUCUCUCAAGGCAGCGUCAGUGACAUGCUGUCACGUCCCAAACCCUGGAGCAAGCUGACCCAAAAGGGCCGGGAGCCCUUUAUCCGCAUGCAGCUGUGGCUACUGGACCAGCUGGGCCAGAGCCUCAGCCAGCCUCCGAACCAGGGCCACACUCAAGAUAAAAGUCCCGUAACAGCUCAGUCCUGUCCUUCCCCACCGCCCAGUCCGGCAGAAAGCAACCCGAGUCCAGUGGCUGAGCCGGUCAGUCUCUCACUGGAGAGCAGCAAAGAGAACCAGCAGCCUCAAAGCCUUGGUUUGGGGUUGCCCAGCCACCCAGAAGGUGGGAAAUCUACUUCCAGUCUCAUGGGCCUGCAUCAGCCUACGACCCCAUUAGGAAUCCAGGAGCUGGUGGCCAUGUCUCCAGAGCUAGAUACUUACGCCAUCACCAAGAAGGUCAAGGAGGUGCUAACAGACAACAACCUUGGCCAGCGUCUUUUUGGGGAGACCAUCUUGGGUCUGACUCAAGGGUCGGUGUCUGACCUGCUCUCCAGGCCUAAACCUUGGCACAAACUCAGUCUAAAAGGCCGGGAACCCUUUGUCCGCAUGCAGCUAUGGCUCAAUGAUCCGCACAAUGUGGAGAAGUUGAGAGUCAUGAAAAAGAUGGAGAAGAAAGCUUACCUGAAGAGGCGGUACGGUCUGCUGAGCACUGGCUCUGACAGCGACUCGCCCAGCACUCGCUCCGAGUGUGUGAGUCCGGCCCUCGCCUCGUUGGACUUGUGUCCCUUCAGCCAGGUAAAGAAGCCUCGGGUGGUGCUGGGAGCCGAGGAGAAAGAAGCCCUGAGGAAAGCGUACAUGCAGGAGCCGUACCCGUCCCAGAACACCAUCGAGAUGCUGGCGUCGCAGCUCAACCUCAAAACCAACACUGUCAUCAACUGGUUCCACAACUACAGGUCCAGGAUGAGGCGUGAAGUGCUGAUGGGCGGUCUUCCAGAUAAUGACACAGACGCCGAGCCCAAUAGCUACUCCCCCUCAGCAACACGGAGUCCCAACUCCGAUGGCGAAGACAAGAGACUGCUGCUGCCCUCAGGACAAACCCACCCCGGCCUUCCUCUUAGCACUACCGACGCACUGCCUCACGUUAAACAGGAGGCAACUUACAGGGAAGAGGACAGCAUGGAUGGAAGGGAAGGGUCACAGAAAGAAGUCGGAGUGCAGUGUUUUCCCGCCACCAUGUCGUUGUCCCCUUUGAAAACCGAGCACGAAGACUCCGCCUCAGGCUGCCGCGAGCCCCACCUGGCCUGCCAGAGCCCCAUGCAGGAGGAGGGCGCGUGCAACCAGAUUCAGGGACUCCACCUCGGCGCUGCGUCCACGGACGGCCUGCAGCGAGCCAACAAGUCCAGGUACGAUGGAGAAGAAUCCGGGGAGUCGCCCAUUGACCCGGUCAGCUUCAAGGCUUCGUCGGAGCCGUGCCGCAGCAGCCUGGAGGUCUCGCUGAACUCGCCGUCCGCCGCGUCAUCACCCGGCCUCAUGAUGUCCGUCUCCCCCGUGCCCUCCUCCUCCGCGCCCAUAUCGCCCUCGUUGCCCAACCAGGCAACAAGCGCCAUGGACGCUAACCCGCUCCCUCCAUUCCAAGGCCCCAAACUCAACAGAAGCACUCAGAGACGCAACGAGAAAAUGGCCAACCUCAAUAACAUCAUCCACAGGCUGGAGAGGGCAGCCAAUCGAGAAGAAACACUGGAGUGGGAGUUUUAGGGCCUGCUUUGGCAUGUUUCAUCCAGAAAGACUGCUGCUGCACACAACGAGGAAGAAAAGUUGGAUGGAACCUUCCGGACCUGAACGGAGCCUGGCUCCUUGAGGCAGUUCAUCUUGGACUGGAAACAGGAAUCUAGAGGAGAACACGAAGCUGAACUUCCUACAAUAAUUUAAGAGUUAAAAAAAAAAUUUAUAAAAAUGUAUUUGUUUUAGUUUUUUUUUUUCUUUUGAUAAUGCAUACUACUUUGAAAUGUAUGUGACAGCGCUAGCUGUUGUUUUAACUUAUUGGACUUGACAUGAAGACUUUUGCAGCUAUGGUGUCAUUUAAUGUACACUGAAGUUCUGAAGAUUGCCACUGGGUGAGAUUAAAAAAAAGACCUGUCUUAAGCCAUUAAAAGCACUAUGUCUAUUUGAAAAAAAAAAAAAAAAGACACUGACCAAAUUUGCUACUUUUUGAAUAGCAGUUUUUCGAAUUUUGUCUGUCAGACUGGACAGUUUAAGUCAAGUAACGUGAAUUCCAAUUACUGACUGAGGGAUAGUCCUUUAAGACUCUAAAUAUACAACACCUUGUAUGUACUUAGUUUCUUGGUGAUAUGUUUUGAAAUCUUUGUAACUCACACGUAUAAAAUGUGGUUGUACAUGUUGUAGAAUUGUCUGCAAUAGCCUUCUCUAAAUCUGAUGUAGCAUGGUACUCACCUGACCCUGUUAUCCUCUGUAGUUAGUCACCUGUGAUUAUACUUGAGCGAAAACGAACAAAAAAAAAAUGAGGUUACACAACAAAUAGUUGAAAAGCCUGCAAAAAAGGAAAAAACGUUAAACAAAGGAAUAUAAGUGUUUUAUU